ACAUAUAACACUGUUUGUAAGUUUUAACCAUAAUGUUUCCCAUACUUCUCCUUGUAGCAUGUUUGCUGUUAAAGCUGGAGCUGACCAGGUCAUUGCCUGCGAAAUGUCAGAAGCUCUUUGUGUAACAGCUGCAGAUGUGCUGAAGGCUAACCACAUGGACAAAAGAGUGAAGGUCAUCAACAAACAUUCCACAGAAAUGUUAAUUCCUAAAGAUCUUCCUGAGAGGGUGUCUCUGCUUGUAACGGAAACGUUUGAUGCUGGACUGUUUGGAGAACGUAUUCUUCUUACUCUUCAGCAUGCUUGGCAAAACUUGCUUUUGUCACCCAAAGUUUCAACUGACGAAACAGAGCAGACUACUUCUUCCUUAUCCAAAGAUGACUUCUCACAGCUAGGUUUUGUGAUUCCAUCUAAAGCUAAAGUUUGGGCUGCACUGGUUGAGUGCGAGUGGAUUAGAAAGAAUAGCAGCAACGUAGAAUCUCUGGGGCCAGUUGAUGUUCAUAAAAUCUUUACUCGAAAGAAGAAUAAGGAAGAACCUUAUGAUUCUGAAAGAUUAAACACUGUUCGCGGGGGAUUCCAGUACUUAAGUAAUCCAUUUCAAGUCAUUGAAGUGGAUUUCAACAAUCCAACAGAAAUUGAACGGCUCUUGUGUGGUGUAGAGACAAAACAGUGUGUGAAAUGUGUGAAGAGUGGCCAACUGGAUGCAGUUGUAAUGUGGUUUGUACUGACACUGUAUCGGGACAUCUCUCUAUCUAGCAGUCCAGACUCUGGCAGUUGCUGGGAACAAGCUGUGUUUCCUGUGUCCCCCUCUGAUGGUAGAAUAUUAUGUUCAUGUUACCGACUUACGUUAAGAACAAUUUCACAGACCAUUGAUUCACGGGAUAUUGAAGAAGGAAGUAGUGUCGUCGUAUCGGCUGUUUGUCACGAAUACUUACAGCUUUACUGUUCUCAAGUUCUUCCCCCUGUGAAGCAAGAAACGAGUUUUGUUCAACCUCUAAAUAAUAGAUUAGACUCUUUAAUCAGUGCUCGAGAAACUAAAGCACAGAAACAUUUAACAGACCCUAAUCAGCAGAAAAACUUAAACGUUAAUAUGACCAAACCUCUAAAUAUGGAUCGCUUAAAUAAACCUACUAUUGAAGUGAACUCGGAGGUGCUGAGGUUGCUGAAUGACAAUAUAACUAACACCCUACAGUUUGAGAUCAUCUCGGACAUGGCAAGACAGGGAGCACUGGGUACACUGAUAGAUAUGUGUAACUUCCCAUACGUGGGACUCGUAGCAGCAAAACUGGGAGCACGACGAGUGAUGCUAACGUGUGUCAAGGAAAAAUGCACAGUUAUUCGGUUAGCCAAGAUCUUGGAUAUUCCACUAGAUAAGCUGCUCUUCACUUCUGUGGAACACCUACAUAGUCAGUCUGUUCAUCCAGAUGUCUUUAUAUCCAAUAUAGUGGAGAUGUCGGGACUACCCAACUUUCAGGUUCUUCACAAUAUUGCAAUUUUAAGGUUUUACUGUUUGAGUUCAGCUACUGUAUUGUUACCAUGUAAAAUACAUGUAUAUUGUUCUUGUUUAUAGGUUUUACUGUUUGAGUACUGAUACUGUAUUGUUACCAUGUAAAUUACAUGUAUAUUGUUCUUGUUUAUAGGUUUUUACUGUUUGAGUACUGAUACUGUAUUGUUACCAUGUAAAUUACAUGUAUAUUGUUCUUGUUUAUAGAUUUUACUGUUUGAGUACUGAUACUGUAUUGUUACCAUGUAAAUUACAUGU